UAGAAGUUCAGGGAGAUUGCGAUUAUCUACUAGUUUUUUUUUCUGAGAGUCGUUUUGAUGAGGCAUAAGUGGAUCAGAAUAAUUCAUAAAUUUAAAAAUUUAUAUUUGGACUGAAUUAUUCAUAAAAGUAGUUUUUUCAUAAAUAAUUUUGAAAUCGACCUACAACAAAAAAUGAAACAUAAUUAGUAAACUGUUAUUUAUUUUUCUCAUUCAACUCUCUGAGAGCGUGAUAUGAAACGUACAUACAAAGCAAGAAGCGCACGAUAUGGUUUCGAUGUUGACGGCCAGAUCGAAAAACGAUUUGAAGAUCGACUGUCAUCGAUACUAACAAGUCAAAAGUGAGCGUUACCAAAGAAACCUCAAACAAAACCGAAUACACGCAGAAAGAAAGAAAGAAAGAAAAUCGCUUACUUCAACGCCAUAUUUGUGGGUAGAAAAUAAAAAUACUUGUGUGUCCGACAUUUAGUUUAUAUAUUUAGUAUAUAGCGAAUGAGUUCGUCAGCAGCAUCAAAAGUAGAAGGUCUAGAAAGUAUGGAAGUAGAUACAGUUUUUGUAGGUCCUAGCGACUGUGUGAAUUCCGGUGAGGAUUGGGCGAUAAUUCCCAAGGUGGACGAAUCCAAUACGGCCUGGCUCAGCAAACCGCCAAUGGAAAGAUUCAUCGGGAUCCUGGACCAACUUGAUUCCAAGGUGGAACAACUACGGAAAGAUGCUGUACUCCUGCAAGAAAAGAAAGACUUUUUGGCGAUGUCAGUAGAUUUGCUUAAGAACAACGAAUAUUUGACCGGAUUGAACGAAAACGAGCGCGAAGAACUUAGCUGUUAUGUUCAACGAAUAAGUGGCCGGCUAUCAACGGUAGAACUGAGCGUCUGCACAGUUCGAGAUCGCGCCCAGGAAGAUUCACUACAUCAUGUCAACAGUUUGAUCGAUGCGCUGAUCUCGAGCUCAGACCCUGUGAUUUCACGAAUGCGUUGUCAGCAAUUUCUGAAUGCCUGCAGCACUACUGAUACUACCACGUAUUCCGAUCUGGAUCCAUCCAUGUGCUCAGAUAAAAAGUUUGAAAGUGUUCUACUCGGCUGUACUUUGGACGACCAAAAAACAAUUAAAAAGAGGUUGCAAGCACUGUUGGCUUACCUCAACCAACAGACCGUCGUUCAUUGAACAGGAUUGUCGAGCACGUUUACCAGCAAUGCGAGCUAUCCAAUCUUAGAAAUCGAGAUAUUUACAUAAGGUGUUCGAAUAAGAAUUUACAUUAACGUUUCCUCGAAGGGUAGCAUGAGUUAUGAUGGACAAAAAUAGUAAUUUCUAAAACAUCAAGAAUAUUAUGUUCAGUACGACUUCACAAUAUGAUUCCAGCGUUUUCUAUUAUAUAGAUUCAGUUUCAAUUCGAAUAUUUCAUCGCGAUAAUCUGUUUUUUCUAUCAAACAAUUGUUCAGAUCAUUGAUCGUUCUAUACCAUGAAGGGACGUAAACGAUGAGAAUUAUCAUCGUUUAGUUGCUUCACGUAUUGAUAUGAUUUCAUUUGAAAAUAUAUGUUGCAACAGUGAAAGAAGUACUUGUUUGUAAAACAAUCUAGCACUUCAUAAAUGUAAACUGUAUUGCCAUCAUAACGGUAUCGAGCAUUUUUCCUAGU